AGACACCUGUGACAAGUAAAUAUUGGAAAAAAAUAUGUGACAAAAUAUUGAUUUUACUGUAAUCGUUUUAAUUAACGCAAUAAAAAAACGUUCAAGUAAUUAUGAAACGUGCAUUCGUCUACUUAAGUCAUAAGAAACAGAAUGGCAAAGUUUUGGUUGUGGAAGACACGCUUGAAGCCUUUAAAUUGGAAAUAUCAAAUGUUUUUGAAAUAGGCGGAGAUUUUCGAUUAUUCACUGAAAAUGGUUGUGAGAUUGUUGACGUUCGAGUUAUAAGAGACGACGAGAAGCUGUAUGUCAACUGCGGCGAUAGCAAAAGCUGUGAUACUAUUGAAAGUUCCUUGGCAAAAUUAUCAUUGAAUAGGUGUUCCGAAGUAUCGGAUUGGAUAACACUAAAUGUGGGGGGACGUUAUUUUACUACUUCUCGCUCAACAUUACAGUCUAAAGAGCCACUUUCGAUGCUGGCUAGAAUGUUUGCUGAUGAUAAUAAUAUGUAUUUAAUGAACCCAAGUGCCACAGACUCGAGGGGAGCAUACUUAAUAGAUAGAAGCCCAGAGUAUUUUGAACCUAUUCUAAACUAUUUGAGACAUGGAGAAGUUAUAAUAGAUAAAUAUGUAAACCCUAGAGGUGUUCUAGAAGAGGCUGUAUUUUAUGGUAUAGAUUCAAUGAUUCCUCAUAUUCAAAAGAUUAUAGAAGAUUCUAAAUCAUACGAUAGUAAUCAUGCCCUAACAAGAAUGGAUGUUGUCCGAGCUCUGAUAAAAACAUCCACAUCUAUUGAGCUGAGGUUUCAAGGAGUGAACUUAGCCGGAGCUGACCUGAAUAGAUUAGAUUUGAGAUUUAUUAAUUUUAAGUAUGCCUUCUUAUCUCGUUGCAAUUUGAGUGGUGCUAACCUGUCUUACUGCUGCCUGGAAAGGGCAGACUUGUCGCAUGCCAACUUAGAAGGUGCCCAGCUUCUUGGCGUUAAAGCUUUAUGUGCUAACAUGGAAGGUGCUAAUUUAAAAGGUUGCAAUAUGGAUGAUCCUCACGGUAACAAAGCACUGAUGGAAGGCGUUAAUCUUAAAGGAGCAAAUCUAGAAGGCAGUAAUAUGUCGGGGGUUAAUUUGAGAGUGGCAACACUAAAGAACGCCAACUUACAGAACUGCGAUCUGAGGACGGCUGUGCUCGCCGGUGCAGACCUGGAGUGUUGCGAUCUGUCGGGCAGUGACCUCCAUGAAGCUAAUCUACGUGGUGCCAACCUAAAAGACGCGGCUUUCGAACUAAUGCUAACUCCACUACACAUGUCCCAAACUGUUAGAUGACUUUUUUAUUAAAAAACAGUACAGUAACAAACAAGUGUAUGCUAUGUUUAAAAAACAGCAUAAUGAAUAUUACGCUUUAUUAAAAUUAUAAAAAACAA